UGCGCAGAGAUACUGCGGCAUUCGCUCUCUACGCGGCGGUCGCAGAGCCCGCUUGUCGUAUCCCUCCGCGGGCAGAGGAAGUGCUCGUAGACCAAUCACGUUUGUGUUUACACCGACACCUGUCAAACACUUUCUGCUAUAUUUCUCUCUGAAAGGAGCUAAAACACACACUCACACUGAAGCGCCUUCGGUAGCCGCUAACUGGACGGACUCUCUGGCAAUUGACCUUUUGCAGUGGAAAAGUGGAAUAAGUCUUAAACCAUGAGCUCAGUGGCUGUGUUGACCCCGGAGAGCUUUGCCGAGCAUCGCAGUGGUCUCAAAGACCAGGAGAUAACAGGUUGCGUCCCGGAGGAUGAGGCCUACAUUCCCACCUAUCUGGAGGCCUUCCCUCCGCUGCCGGAGAAAGGGACUCCGGGGGAAAAAACCGGGGAGCCAGCAUCGGCAUGGGGGAGCAAGAUCCGCCCCAUCAAGGCCUCUGUUAUCACCCAGGUGUUCCACGUCCCCCUGGAGGAGCGGCGUUAUAAGGACAACAGCCAGUUUGGGGAAGGAGAGGAAGCCAAGGUGUGUCUGGACAUCAUGCAGAGGACUGGAGCGCACAUUGAGCUGUCCCUGGCUAAGGACCAGGGCUUAUCCAUCAUGGUUACCGGCAAACUGGAUUCAGUUAUGAAAGCUCGCAAGGAAAUCGUGGCCCGUCUGCAGACGCAGGCGUCAGCUACGGUCGCCAUUCCCAAGGAGCACCACCGUUUUGUAAUCGGUAAGAAUGGUGAAAAGCUGCAGGAGCUGGAGCUGAAGACCGCCACCAAGAUCGCUAUUCCACGACCCGACGACCCCAGCGCCAACAUCCGCAUCACCGGCACCAAGGAGGGCAUCGAGAAGGCUCGCCAUGAGAUCCUGCUGAUCUCAGCAGAGCAGGACAAGCGCGCCGUGGAACGCCUUUCUCUAGAGAAAGCUUUCCACCCCUUCAUCGCCGGCGCCCACAACAGGCUGGUGCAGGAGCUGAGCCAGGAGACAGGCGCCCGCAUCAGCAUCCCACCACCGAGCCUGCCUAAGGACGAGAUCGUCAUCACCGGAGAGAAGGAGGCCGUCGCUCUGGCUGUCAACCGCAUCCGAGCCAUCUAUGAAGACAAGAAGAGGAAGACCACAACCAUCUCUGUGGAGGUGAAGAAGUCCCAGCACAAGUACAUCAUCGGUCCAAAGGGCAACACUCUGCAGGAGAUCCUGGAGACCACCGGGGUGUCGGUGGAGAUGCCUCCUCUGGACUCUGCUUCAGAGACCAUCAUCCUCAGAGGGGAGCCCGACAAACUGGGACCGGCCCUUACACAGGUCUACGCCAAGGCUAAGAGUGUGAUGGUGGUGGAGGUCAGCGCUCCAGCUUGGCUCCAUCGCUUCAUCAUCGGAAAGAAAGGGCAGAACAUCGGACGCAUCACGCAGCAGCUACCGCGGGUUCACAUCGAGUUCACAGACGGCGAGGAGAGAAUCAGUCUGGAGGGGCCGACAGAGGAGGUGGAGCAGGCUCAGGCUCAGAUACAAGAGAUCAUCAAGGACCUGCUGGUGAGGAUGGACUAUACUGAGGUCAACAUCGAUCAGCGCUUCCACAGACACCUCAUUGGGAAGAACGGAGCCCACAUCAAUCGGAUCAAGGAGCAGUACAAAGUUUCGGUGAGAAUCCCACAGGACUCUGAGAGGAGCAACCUGGUUCGCAUCGAAGGAGACCCCAAAGGAGUGCAGAUGGCGCGCAGGGAGCUCAUCGAGAUGGUCCAGAGGAUGGAAAAUGAGCGCACCAAAGACAUGAUAGUGGAGCAGAGAUUUCAUCGGACAAUCAUUGGACAGAAAGGGGAGAAGAUCAAGGAGGUUCGGGAUAAGUUUCCUGAGGUCAUUAUAACGUUUCCUGACCCAUCGCAGAAAAGCGACAUUGUCCAACUGAGAGGGCCGAAGAACGAGGUGGAGAAAUGUGCUAAAUUCCUUCAGAAAAUCAUUGCAGACCUGAUUGAGAACAGCUUCUCGCUUUCCGUCCCCAUCUUCAAGCAGUUUCACAAGAACAUCAUUGGAAAGGGCGGCGCCAACAUCAAAAAGAUCCGCGAGGAAACCAACACUAAGAUCGACCUGCCGACGGAGAACAGCAACUCUGAGAUGAUCAUCAUCACGGGGAAGAAGAGUAACUGUGAGGCUGCCAGAGAUCGAGUCCUGGCCAUCCAGAGAGACCUGGCCAACAUUAAGGAGACAGAGGUCACCAUCCCAGCCAAGCUGCACAACUCUCUGAUUGGUUCCAAAGGCUGCCUGGUGCGCUCCAUCAUGGAGGACUGCGGUGGCGUCCACAUCCACUUCCCCUCUGAGGGCUCCGGCUCAGACAAGGUCACCAUCAGGGGGCCAGCUGGCGAAGUGGAGAAGGCCAAGAAACAGCUGCUGCAGCUGGCGGAGGAGAAGCAAGUGAACAACUUCACCGUCGAUCUUCAAGCCAAGCCAGAGUACCACAAGUUCCUGAUUGGAAGAGGCGGAGCCAACAUCCGCCGUGUCCGGGACAAGACAGGGGCCAGGAUCAUCUUCCCGUCGCCUGACGACUCUGAGCAGGAGCUGAUCACCAUCGUUGGGAAGGAGGAGGCUGUACGCCAGGCCCAGAGAGAGCUGGAAAUCCUGGUCAAAAACCUGGAUGACGUGGUGGAGGACAGCAUGGAGGUGGACGUUCGGCACCAUCGCCACUUUGUUUGUCGCCGCGGUCAGGUCCUGAGGGAGCUGGCGGAGGAGUAUGGUGGCGUAGCUGUCAGCUUCCCGCGCACUGGAUCGAACAGCCAGAAGGUCACUCUAAAGGGAGCGAAGGACUGUGUGGAGGCGGCAAAGAAGCGAAUACAGGAGAUCAUCGAGGACCUGGAGUCGCAGGUGAGCGUGGAGGUGGCCGUCCCCCAGCGACACCACCGCGCCAUCAUGGGGCCCAAAGGCAGCCGCAUCCAGCACAUCACCAGGGAGCAUGAAGUCCAAAUCAAGUUCCCCGAGAGAGACGACAGCGCUGCAGGUCAGGACAACUUGCCGCAGGAGAACGGUGACGUCAGCCCAGAGGCGGAGUUUGUCCCUCGCAAGUGUGACAUCAUCACGAUCUCUGGACGGGCAGAGAGGUGUGAGCUGGCCAAAGCGGCGCUGCUGGCGUUGGUGCCCAUAACGGAGGAUGUGGAAGUGUCUUACGACUUGCACCGCUACAUCAUCGGCCAGAAAGGCAGUGGAAUCAGGAAGCUGAUGGAGGAAUAUGAGGUUAACAUUUGGGUGCCGCAGCCUGAAAAACAGCUGGACGUGAUCAAGGUGACGGGCCUGGCUGCCAACGUGGAGCGUGCCAAACUGGGCCUCCUGGAGAGGGUCAAAGAGCUUCAGGCUGAGCAGGAGGACAGGGCCCUGCGCAGUUUUAAGGUCACCAUGUCUGUAGAUCCUAAGUUUCAUCCCAAGAUCAUCGGGCGAAAAGGGGCGGUCAUCUCUCAGAUCAGGAAGGACCAUGACGUCAGCAUCCAGUUCCCAGACAAAGGAGACGAGCAGCAGGAUCUGAUCGUGAUCUCCGGGUACGAGCGGAACGUGGAGGAGGCCCGCCAGGCCAUUCAGCAGCUGGUGUCAGAGCUGCAGGAGAUGGUGAGCCAGGACGUGCACCUGGAUCCGAGGACUCACGCCCGCAUCAUUGGCGCCCGCGGAAAAGCCAUCCGCAAGCUGAUGGAGGAGUUUAAGGUGGAUAUCCGGUUCCCUCAGCCAGGCUCUGAUGAGCCCGACAAGGUGACGGUUACAGGCCUUCCUGACUCUGUGGACGCAGCCAUAGAUCACCUCCUCAAUCUGGAGGAGGAAUAUCUACUCAGUGUGACAGAGACAGAGACCUUGGCGGCGUACAUGAAGCCUCCGUCUCGCUAUGGAGGAGGAGGUGGAGCAGGAGGACUGGAUGACGGCAGCGGGGGUCCGGCUAAGGGCUUUGUGGUGCGGGACGCCCCCUGGAACGCAGCAGGGAACAAGGCUCCUGAUAUGAGCAGCGCUGAGGAUUUCCCCACGUUCGGCUCCGGCGUGGCCCCGAAGCAAACGUCCGCUUGGGGACCCAAGAAAUUCUGAAGAAAAAAAAAAAGACGACAAGACAACCUUUGUACAGUAGAGUAGGAGAGGCGGAAUACAUUUUAAGUCCACUUGCUGCUCGCCUUUCCCCCAUUUUACUCCUCAUCUCUCUAGUGUCUCCCCCUCUCUCAACCAGCCAGAGUGAAUUCUGGGAGAGUGAGUCCUAUUUGUCUCCCUUAAUGUAGUUCAUUCCACUG